AUGAAUUUGGGAAUUCUAUCUUCUACACGCUGUAUAGCCAUCGCUUUCAAGCAGGAAUUUGCGUUAGGUGUUCGUCCCUUCAAUAUUUACGACGUUUAUAAAUCAUUUCUCAAUGUUAAUGUUGCAAAUACUAUAAACCCAUAUCUGAGUCAAGCACUUAAAAAGUGUCUUCUUCUUGGUCAUAUUGAACCCUUUGUAAUUCUAAUUGGUGGGGACCAAGCCUCUCUCCGUACCCUCAAGAGCUGUUGGAUGCGCGCUCAGUUGCAACCUCCCCCCGGUUUUCGUAUCGAAUCAAUUGGCAAGUUUUGA